AUGCCUAAGGCCGGCCCUGCCCACGAAUCGACGGACCGAAUACAACGCGUCGUUCGGUCCAUCGACUCGGCCAGCACACGGCCCCCAACCGACUUCAUCGAGGUGCAGCCAGCGCAUCCGUAUCUCGAGUUCUCAGGAAACAACAUCUUCUUCUGCAAGCUCUGCAAGGUCCCUUGUACGGGACAAAAGGGAUGGGAUUCACACGUGGUCGGGUACAGUCACUUCAAGAAUAUCGACAAGGAAACGAUGAAGGGACCCAACGUCUUCGGUUGCCACAUGUGCAAUUUGACUUGUACGGGUUGGCAAGCUUUUGAGUCUCAUGUCAGGGGCCGCAAACAUCAGCGGAACUUAGCAAUGCAUACCGAAAAAAGAAUUCCCGUUCCUCCUCCUGACCUCCCACCAGAUUAUGUUCCGCCGGACGAUGUUCUACAAGGCCUGGGCUUUGCAAUCGUUCAAGAUCAUGGAGCACGGAGUUGCUCUCGAAGCAGCUCAUCCAGUUGCACUCGAAUUGCCUCUGGAGCCGGAUCAUCCUGCCAGCAAGAUCCUCAUCAGGAAGAAGCAGGGUGGAAGUCUGACCCUAAGGGAGCCUCCCAAGGUUCUUCUGACGUCAAGCCAGAUAGAAAGGACUUCGUUGGGAAGUCAUCUAGCUGCCAGCAAGAAUCUGGUGCCGAAGGUGACCGGUUUGGUCCACUGGCUAAGGCUAAGGCUCAGGAAGAUGGAGGAGAAUCCAGAAACAGGACAAAGCGACCACAAGGCAUCUAUCAGCCCCCUCAUGUUCGAGCAGGCUGGAGUCUCAAAGAGGAGAGAGACCAGAGGCCAGUCCCCCAAAGCCACAGCAUUCCCUCGGUUAAGCCAGAAAAAGACCUGAGGGGAGGCAGUAGCCAGCCACGUCUUCCCCAACCGAAGAUGGAAGUAGGCGCGGCCUUCAGAGGAGGGAGUGAACAGAAGCCAAAUGGAGGAUGGUACUUACGGAAUGAUGGUAGUGACCCUGUUGCGAUGCCAUACGGAGCAUCCAAGUUUCCUGGCAGGAACUCUGAAGAGAGGACAUCUGCAAUGGGAAAUCCUUCUCAGGAAAAUGUUAGGCCAAGCAAUGCCAGUGAUAAGGCUUCACAAGGCAUUGGCCACAGUGCUUCUUUACAGGCAUCUGGGGAAUUAGAUUUGACCAAGAAACUCGUAGAGAUCGUGACCAAAUUGGCAAAGGAUGCACCUAAUGGCAUUGUGGAGCGUAAGGGGAAGGUGUCUAGCAUCCGGGACCUUUCUCAGCAUCUGACAGAUGUUCCACCUGAGUCUCCUGAGUCAGGGAGACCAAGGUUGCUUGUCUUCAUGUUGCAUCCAGCAGGCUAUCAGCUGAUGCCUUCAAAUCACACAAGUCUGAAGACCAAGGAUUCAAGAAUGCAGCAGGGUUCACUCACUUAAAUCCCCUGAUUGAAAUCAAGCUAUUGGAGCAGAGUUUGAGGAGACUUUUGGGCUGAGGGACAUGGAGUAUAUGGAGCAUGAGGAUAUGAAAAACAAAGAACCAGUAAAGUUCUUCUGCUGGAUUCUGCCGUGUGUCUUCAUGAUCAUGAGACUCCAAUUCAAGAAAGAAGAAAGAAUUCUUCAGACCAUGUGUCAGGCCAUGGUACAGAGGAAGUUAAUAAGUGUUUGGUUUUUUCUGGUCAUUUUUCAAUAUGGAACAAAGAAAGUUUUCUCAGUUCUUGUGC